AUGGAGAACAAGAUCAAUAAUGGAAACGAUGAUGGUCCAAAACAUAGCCAAGUGGUGAAGGUAAAGAGAGAGUUUGAGAAGAUAAGCCAGCCAUCUCUGCAGCAACCGGAGAUGAGAAGGGUCCUCUCCGAGAUCACGAGGCGUCAACGUUCACGUUCACCUCUCGGCCUAGGAGAGAGAUCUAUUUCCGUUGGGAACUGA